CGGAGCGCCCCGAGGGGCGGGGCCGGGCCCUCGCUCCGCCGCGGCGGGUGUUCCGCGCACGCCGCCGGGAUGUGGCCGGGGCCGCGGUUGCUGCUGCCGCUCGCGUGCUUCGCGCUGCUCCUCCCGCCGCCCGGCGCUGCCGAGUUCAGCCCGUCCCUCGACAGCGACUUCACCUUCACGCUGCCCGCCGGCCGCAAGGAGUGCUUCUAUCAGCCCAUGCGCAAGGAGGCCUCGCUGGAGCUCGAGUAUCAGGUUCUAGAUGGAGCAGGAUUAGAUGUUGAUUUUCAUCUACUGUCUCCAAAGGGUGAAACUCUAGUUUUUGAUGAAAGAAAAUCAGAUGGAGUUCAUACGGUGGAAACAGAAGAUGGGGAUUACAUGUUCUGCUUUGACAACACCUUCAGUACCAUUUCUGAAAAGGUGAUUUUCUUUGAACUGAUCCUGGACAAUAUGGGGGAAGACGGAGAAGAUCAGGAAGACUGGAAGAAGGACCUUACGGGCACGGAUCUUCUAGAUAUGAAAUUGGAAGACAUUCUGGAAUCCAUCAACAGCGUCAAAGCCAGAUUAAGCAAAAGCGUCCAGAUUCAGACCCUGCUCAGAGCAUUUGAGGCUCGGGACCGGAAUAUACAAGAAAGCAACUUUGACAGAGUGAAUUUCUGGUCCAUGGUCAACUUGGGAGUAAUGGUGGUGGUAUCAGCUGUUCAGGUUUACAUGCUGAAAAGUCUCUUUGAAGACAAAAGGAAAAGUAGAACUUAAUAUUCAGUACGAUCAUAACAAUAUAACAGGUAUGGGGGGAUAGGGGGAGAAAUAAACUACUACAGUAAAGAAAAACAACAAAACAUGACCUUUCAGAUUCUUUUGAACAGGCAAUAGACAUCAGGUUUCCAAUUCACAUUGGGCUUUUUGGUUGGGGGGUGGUGGUCAUCUUGUUUGGGUUUUGGUUUGGUAUUUUUGUGGGUGUUUUUGUUUCUUUUUACCAUGAACAGAAUGCCUUGCCCCAAGUUCUUCCAUUUUUGCAAGUGCUACUAUUUUUUUUUUUUUGCUUGUAGGAUUUGUUAAUGAUUCUGAAUAACUAACUUAUGCAUAACUUGGUGAAUAUGGAAAAGUGAUGUUAAUUACUGCUAAUUAACAUUAAGUAAUGUUAAUUAAUGUUUGUGGCAGGGACACAAGAGCGAUCAGAGGGAUGGAGCACCCCCCCUAUGAGGAAAGGCUGAGAGAGCUGGGGUUGUUCAGCCUGGAGAAGACUCUGGGGAGACCUUAAUGUGGCCUCUCAGUUCUUAAAAGGGCCUAUAAGAAAGAUGGAAAAAGACUUUUUAUCAGAACAAGGGGUGAUGGUUUUAAACUAAAAGAGGGGAGAUUCAGGCUGGACGUGAGGAAAAAAUUCUUUACAGUAAGGGUGGCAAAACCCUGGCACAGGUUGUCCAGAGAUGUGGUGGAUGCACCACCCCUGGAGACAUUCAUGGCCAGGUUGGAUGUGGUUCUGGGCAGCCUCAUCUAGUUGAAGAUGUCCCGGUUCACUGCAGGGGGUUGGACUGGAUGAGCUUAGAAGGUCCCUUCCAGCCCAAACUAUUCUGGUUCUACAAUACUGUCACUUUUUCCAUGUUCACGUAAAACUUAGACAUUGGUUUAUUUGCUGUUAAACUUGGAAUGAAUUUACAUAUGUGCCUAAGUGUUUACAGGACUGGGGCCCACUGGAGGAGUCUGUAGUUAUUGUGAUUUGAGUUAUGGUUUUUAAAAAUGCUCAGCUUCUGCUGCAUGGCAUCAUGGAGAAACACUGGGCUAACAUUGUGAGAACAAAACAAGAACUCUUUUCUUAUACAGAUGGCUAACAUCAGCACUUUAAAAAACCACCACCAAUGUGAAAUUGAGUCACUGUUGAAAAGAAUUGGAAAAAAGAAGUGCAGUUCCUUAUCAUAAAUCUUUCUGUCCUAUAGUUGUACAACCCUAUUUUCUUUUUUGGACAUGAGAUUCAAGAGACAAGUGAUGAUAUGGUAUACAAACAAAUGCACACACACCUUGAGGUGUGCUUUGCAAACUCUUUAGUUACUGUAACUUCAUGUAAUAGGUAAUUUUCAAGAAGUCAUUUCUCAUGUUAUUCUUCCCCUUUAAUAAAGGGACCUGUGUGUCACACUGUGUGAAAAGAUACCUUAACACUCAUUCUUGUAAUCUCAAAUCCCUCUUAUUUGCCAAUUUAUUUUUUUAUUAAUUUGUCUACUACAUCUAUGACUAAUGGAGCAGUUAAUUGGGUAACUUACAUAAGCAUGAAAAAACAAAGCUGUUGACCUCAAGUUUCCCUUUUUGCUUACCCUCACAAGUCUUUUAGCUGUGUAUGUACACUCAGUUCAUAUGAGCAGCGUUUCUUGCAUUUAGCUAUUUAUGUGAGUAAGGCACAAAAUACGUGAGCAGUAAGUACAGGCUUCAAAUUUCAGGAUCAACAGACUAUGUAGAAUCACUUAACUAAGGCAAAGUUAUCCUCAAAUCAGUUAUUUGUAAUUUCUAGAUUAAGUGGGUUUUAACAGGGUACAGGGGAUUUUUGCCAUAACCGCUGGUGUGAGAAUUAACUUUAAGUUAGUCAUUUCCACAACACGCCCAGUCAUUGAGAUUUCCUGUAUAAAUGUGUUAAAAACUACAUUUCCUCACAACAGUGUUUUUCAGAAACACUUUCUUAAACACUUUAAAGUCUAUGUAUUAGCAUUCUGCCUGUUGUUGGGUCAUCCGGAGAGAAACAGCAGAAUUGCAACUUUGAGACUUGGUUAUCAAAAAUUAUUUUAAGGAGAUAAAACAGGGUCAAUAAAUGCAUGGAGAAACACUUUGUAGAAAUGCUAGCAAGGGCUACAGUACACAGAAACAGUGCUAUCAUAAUGGGACCUAGCAAUAAUAUUUCUAAAUAGUUUUUAUAAGCAAAAGUAAUAUUCCUUACAGGACUUGUUACAGAGGGCUCUGAAGGUGGUUGAGCUACUUUUCUUUUUGCAAAGCUCUGUCCAAAAUAGUAUUGUUUCCCUUUAAGGUUCUGCAUAUCUUCUUUUUCCAUAUGAUGCUUUUCUAUUAUGAACUGCCUCGAAUUGGAAAGCUUGUUUCUAUGAUCAGGGCAAAGUCUAGGAAAAAAUACUUCUUUUCUGCUAUUUCCCUGUACAUCUUGCAGUACCAAUACACCAUGUACCUACAUCAGGGUGUAAGCCAAAGCUCACUGAAGUCACUGCCAGGUCCCUUCAGGACAGACAAAUAAGAUCCUUUGGGCUCUGCCCCUUUAGCUAGAAGAGAUUUAUCUUUGGUUGCAUCACCAUGUGUCUGAUGUUACAAACCAUCUACAAAAUGCUGAACCAGCUCUGUGAAGCUGCGACUAAGACUUCUACCUCUUAUCUAAUAGAUUCUAGAUUUCAGCUUAGACUUCCAACAGAUGAGCUCUGCCAAGUUUUCCAAGGGCACCUCAAGGGAUUAGGUUCCCCAGCUGCUCUGCUGUGCCUCUGAUAGUAGUUAAGCAUCCAGUGGCAAAACAGUAUGUUGUAUUAACUGAAGCUGCUCAUGGAUGCAGGCUUCUCUGACUCAAGACUGAACUGCAGCAGCUUCUUCAAUUACAAAAAGCAGUUUCUGGUAGAAGGAAAAUAACAAUUGUCACCAGAGUUUAUCUGGAAGAAAUUAUUAUUUUACAACUAAGAGCUCUGAUUGUAUUUCCCCCCAACCCCCAUUCAAGGUUCAUUAUAGAAAAUGAAACAGGGAAUAAAGAUAACUGUGCUUUAACUUUGGCAGCUGGAAUAUGUUUAUCAUAGGUGAAGGAUUUGGCAUUUGAACUUGCGGAUAAGUAAGAUUUUAUCUGGAUUUGGAAGAGUAGAUUGCUUUUGAUAGUAUAAAAUUUACAAAGAAUAUAAAUCUACUUUUUUUUUUCUUAAUGGACUUUUUAUUCAGAAUUAAAUGUUUUCAGACCUGCAGAUGUUGAAUAAAAUUGUGCAAAACCCUGAGAUUUUCAAUAAAUCAAGUUUAAACCUG